UUCUCGGAAAAAUAUAUUUUUGUGCGUCGUUCGUUCGUUCUCAAUUCUCGUCUCUUUUAAAGUUGCAUUUGAACGGCUAAAAGGAUUUCCUGUGAUCGUCCUGCUACAGGAAGCGGGAACGAGGACGACCAUCUAGAACCUUCUAGAUCGGGCUGGAUCCUUCGGCGUGAUCCAGUCGCUUAUAAACACACACGCGAGAGAUCGGCCUGGCGAAAUGUCUUCACACUCCAGUUUCUACCAAGGAACGAAGCGGAUAUCUCCGUUGAAGAUAAGAAAUCCGAGUAUUUUACCUUCACAAAUCAUGCCCUCGCCAACGGGUGCACCGUUUAACUUCGCCGAAAUGCCGUGGUCCUACGGCAUGAAGCCGGGGCAGGUGAUGGAGUUUAAUGCCGUGAUCCGGCCCAGCCCCAUCGCCGUUCCAGUCGGCCCUUCGUCACCGGUACUUUCGAUACCAUCGUGCAGCAGCCUCAGUCCUCCCACGUUUGGUCCUCCAUCGCCAACACCGAUCAUCCACAGUAACGCCCCACUUUUGCCGGAGGUACGCAAACGAAAGACUGACCUGGAUAUGACGCUACCGAAUUUACUGCCCACGAAACAAUUCCUCACAGAAGAGAUGAUGUCGUCGCAUUUGAACAAUUUGCAUCUAUCCAGCGAAUAUACCGCGCAUGAUAUUAACCGAUCGGGCGACAGUACACCGGGCACCUCGGCAACGCUGGAUGAUGGCGACAUGAUGCUGAGCGAAGACAAGAGCCAGCAACCGUACAUCGUGUGCAUGUCACCGCAGGAACUGGAGGAGCGAUUGAAAAAGGCUCAACGGAUUGCGAUCUGCGAGGAGGUCCGAAAGCUCGAUAGCCGUGCGGCGGAGAUACUGCCAAAGGUGAUCCUGGACCGCAUGGAGAAACCGUGCACGGCACUGAUGAUCUGGCAGCCGCCCCAGGAGCGACUGGAUAAACUGUUUUCCACCGUAACGGAGCAGCUGGAGGAGCGCGAGCAGCAAGCAAACAAAAAGGAAAAAGAAAGCAGCAGCACAACAUCCCUUCCUACCGCUAGCACAUCGUCCUCCGCUGUCGCCACCGUACCACAGUGGUCGAUGGAUGACGAGACGCUACCGGACCUGCCAGAUUACGACGAAGAUUUGGAUGAUUUCGAGCCACAACAGAGCGCCUGUGGCAUCGGUUCACAGCCGGCAUUCGCACCCGACCCAGCCACGAUGGAUAUCGAGAUGUAGUAGGCCUAGACCACCGGCGGUCCCCCCCCCCCCCCUCCCCAUUCCCCCUCCAAACACCAUGUGUUCGAUGCGGCGUUCGAUGUUUCAAGAUUCUUACUGGCUGCUUCUUUUUGUUGACUUUUGAUUGAAUCGCCCUGAAAAGAUUCUCUCCCUGCGUGCGACUCGCGUUCGAAAAUAAGCGCUCUCGAAUGUACACUUCGGCGGAAAAUAAAGAAAAAAGCAUAAAACCGA